CCCACCAAGGCGGAGGACCUCCCGGGACUCGACGACACGUCGCCUGACAUCAGCUCGCGCGUCGGGACAACCCGCGUGCGCUUCGGCUCCAGGGAGAGCGUCAGUCGAAAUGACCUGCUCAGCGAAGCGUCAGCAGGUGUGACAACUACCCGCCACGGGAGGAGGAGGAGGGGGCCGAUACACCAGAGCACUGCAGCAUAGAACAAGGUGAUGGAAAUUCGAAAAUCUCCAACGUAUACAUCAACAACACUCAUGGGAUGGAUGAUGAUGACUUCUAUGACAGAAACUUGGCCUUGUUUGAGGAGGAGAUGGACACUCGGCCGAAGGUGUCUUCUCUUCUCAACCGCCUGGCGAACUACACCAACCUGACGCAGGGGGCCAAGGAGCACGAGGAGGCCGAGAGCAUCGGUGAGAAGAAGAAAGCUGGCAAGUCACCACAGAUGGGGACGUUCAUGGGCGUUUACCUGCCGUGCCUGCAGAACAUCUUCGGCGUGAUCUUGUUCCUGCGGUUGACCUGGGUGGUGGGAACGGCUGGGGUGCUGCAGGCCCUCUGCAUCGUCUUCAUUUGCUGCUGCUGUACGAUGUUGACUGCAAUAUCGAUGAGUGCAAUCGCCACUAAUGGAGUUGUACCAGCGGGAGGCUCCUACUUCAUGAUCAGUCGGUCUCUGGGUCCCGAGUUUGGGGGUGCUGUAGGCCUGUGUUUCUACUUGGGCACCACCUUUGCCGGGUCCAUGUACAUCCUGGGAGCCAUUGAAAUCCUUCUGGUGUACAUCGUACCUGAGGCCUCCAUUUUUAAAGGUGACGGGUCGACCAUGUUGAACAACAUGCGGAUCUACGGCAGCAUCUGUCUCCUCUUGAUGUCCUUGCUGGUCUUUGUGGGCGUAAAGUAUGUGAACAAACUGGCCUCCAUCUUCUUGGCGUGCGUCAUCGUCUCCAUCAUUUCCAUCUACAUCGGAGCGCUGGUGUCUGCCUUCCACCCUCCAUAUUUUCCCGUGUGCAUGCUGGGGAACAGAACUAUCAAUGGCCACGAUGUUGGCGAGGACUGCGGGAAAACCUUCCUGGAGACGAUCAGUAAAACAGCAGAAUUAUCUGUCACAAACUUCACAGUUGAUUAUGAGAACAGCACAGGGCAGCCAACCCUUGCCCCUGCUCAGGUGGAAAAGCCCACAAAACUUUGGGGGCAUUUUUGUCCCAGCCAAGCACUCAAUGCCACCUGUGAUGAAUACUUCAACUCCAACAAUUUCUCAGAGAUCCAGGGGAUCCCUGGUCUGGCCAGUGGGAUUAUUUCAGAGAACCUGUGGAGCUCCUACCUCAGCAAAGGGGAUGUGGUGGAGAAAAGGUCGCUCCGCUCCUCCCACGUUGCACAUCCAGCAUCCAUUGAGCGGCCAUAUGUGUUUGCUGACAUCACAACCUCCUUCACGCUGCUGGUGGGCAUCUUCUUCCCUUCAGUCACAGGAAUCAUGGCUGGAUCCAAUCGGUCGGGGGAUUUAAAAGAUGCUCAGCGCUCCAUCCCUAUCGGAACCAUCCUUGCUAUCCUCACUACCUCUCUCGUCUACCUGAGCAGCGUUGUGUUGUUCGGAGCCUGCAUCGAUGGGGUCGUCCUCAGAGACAAGUUUGGGGAUUCGGUUAAAGGCCACUUGGUGGUGGGGACUCUGGCUUGGCCCACUCCUUGGGUCAUUGUGAUCGGCUCCUUCUUCUCGACAUGUGGCGCGGGCCUCCAGUCUCUGACCGGCGCGCCCCGACUCCUGCAGGCCAUCGCCAAGGACAACAUCAUCCCCUUCCUCCGGGUGUUUGGUCACGGGAAGGCUAACGGGGAGCCCACCUGGGCUCUGCUGCUGACGGCGCUGAUAGCCGAACUAGGGAUUCUCAUCGCCUCUUUGGACUUGGUUGCUCCCAUCCUUACAAUGUUCUUCCUGAUGUGUUACCUAUUUGUGAACCUGGCCUGUGCCCUCCAGACCCUCCUCAGGACGCCCAACUGGAGGCCACGCUUCUCUUACUACCACUGGACUUUGUCGUUUUUGGGGAUGACCAUCUGCCUGGCACUCAUGUUCAUAUCCUCUUGGUACUACGCAAUUGUUGCCAUGGUGAUUGCCGGCAUGAUCUACAAAUACAUUGAGUAUCACGGGGCAGAGAAGGAGUGGGGGGAUGGGAUCCGAGGUCUGUCACUCAGUGCUGCCCGUUAUGCCCUUCUGAGAUUGGAGGAGGGACCACCACACACCAAAAACUGGAGGCCCCAGCUGCUGGUGUUGCUAAAGCUGGACGAGGAUGCCCACGUUAAGUCUCCGCGCCUGCUGACCUUCGCCAGCCAGCUCAAGGCAGGAAAGGGCUUGACCAUCGUGGGCACCGUUGUCUCGGGCAACUUUCUGCAUAGCUUUGGAGAAGCUCUCGCUGCUGAACAAACUCUGAAGAAUCUGAUGGAUAAGGAGCGGGUGAAGGGCUUCUGUCAGUGCAUCGUGGCUCAGAAGGCACGUGAAGGUAUUAGCCACAUGAUUCAGUCCAGCGGACUGGGAGGGAUGAAACCCAACACUGUGGUCAUGGGGUGGCCUCAUGCCUGGAGGCAAAGUGAGGACCCGCAGUCCUGGAAGACCUUCAUCAACACAGUGCGGGUGACUACAGCGGCACACUUGGCCUUGCUGGUACCCAAGAACAUCUCCCUGUUUCCCAGCAACAGCGAGCCCUGCACAGAGGGCUACAUCGAUGUCUGGUGGAUCGUCCAUGAUGGGGGGAUGCUGAUGCUGCUGCCGUUCCUCUUACGACAACACAAGGUGUGGCGUAAAUGUGGAAUGAGAAUCUUCACGGUGGCCCAGAUGGAGGAUAACUCGAUUCAGAUGAAGAAGGAUCUGGCAACCUUCCUCUAUCAUCUACGCAUUGAGGCUGAGGUGGAAGUAGUUGAGAUGCAUGACAGCGACAUCAGCGCGUACACGUAUGAACGGACUCUGAUGAUGGAGCAGAGGUCUCAGAUGCUCAGACAGAUGCGACUCUCGAAAUCAGACCGAGAACGAGAGGGAAACCCUGGUAGCAGCAGCAGUAGGCCAGAGGCAGGUGGAGCAGCGAGGAAUCAGGCCCAGCUGGUGAAAGACCGGAACUCCAUGCUGCGUCUGACGAGCAUCGGCUCAGACGACGACGACGACACAGACGGCGGCGAGCGAGACAGAGCGGCGAGCGGCGGCAGCUCCGAGCACCACCGGCGUGUUCAGAUGACCUGGACCAAAGAGAAGACCUCACACUACAGAGCAACACACUCCGGCUGCUCCACACCCGAAGGCUUCAGAGACAUGCUGAGCAUCCGGCCGGACCACUCCAACGUCAGGAGGAUGCACACCGCCGUCAAACUCAACGAAGUCAUCGUCAACAAAUCUCACGACGCCCGGCUUGUGCUGCUCAACAUGCCAGGACCCCCCAAGAACACUGAAGGAGAUGAGAACUACAUGGAGUUCCUGGAGGUUCUAACCGAAGGGCUGGAACGCGUCCUGUUGGUCAGAGGCGGAGGAAGUGAAGUCAUCACCAUCUACUCCUGAUUGGACAAUCACAGGACGCCAGUGGUUCAGAAGUGAGCAGAGGGAGACGGUCGGGUCGGGCGUGAGCCCAUCACUGGCUGCAGCAUCAGUCACCCGCUCAGCUCUUUUCCUUUCAUCUUUACACUUUCUGUCAUGACAACGGUUUCAAUUCCACAAAUGUCAAGCUGGAGAAAAGCCAGCACAGUUCCACCAACAACAACGAGAGAUCAGCUGUGCAUGAGUGUGUAUGAGUGUGUUUGUGUGUGCGAGUCUUCCACCAGAAGGAUCUUGGGCCAGUUGAAGGGACCGGUGUUGUGUUGGGAGCAGGUGUGUGCGGUGCAGCUGUGCAUCAGGAAAAAUGUGAGAACGGUCCCAGAACAGACUCAGGGUUGCUCCAAGUACAGACGUUUCUGGUGUCCGGUGAGUCAUGUCUGAUCAGUUUCUUUAUCCUUUAAGGCGAAGAAGAGUUUAAGGCAGCACUCAGUAAAAAAGUGGAAAAGCAGCAUCAGAAGUAAGACGUCGAGUUUCAACCACACUCGUAGGAACAGACAGCUCUUAUUCUGAAGAGACCACAUGUGUGGGGUCGAUAUUUCUUCUUUAUAUAUGCUGGAAUUUCUGCACCAAAUUCACUUUGUCCAUUUUGAUUGAAGAUUUAAUUGUUUUCUAGCAGAUGUCCGAAUUUGCUGCCAUUUCUUCAAAUCUAAAGCAUAGAAACCCGGAUCAUUUAUUCACUAGGAAUAAAAUUAGCCCUAAAUGUUUGGUUUUUAUGUAUAUUUUCAGUUUCAUUUUUUAUUACAUCAAAAUAUGUGAUCAGAAUUCUGACUAAAACAAAAACUCAGCUCACGGUUGGGCUUUCCACCCGCCCUGAGUCAAGAUGGAGAAGAUCGUUUUCCCUGAAGCUGUCAAAAUGGCCAAAUUUAUUACAAUUUGAUCUUGUCCUGUUUUAAUUUUAAUUUUAUCAUGUUGUUUUAUUUCAAGUCUAACUUUUCAUCCUUUUUGCACGAUACUAGGAACAUAUCUUUAACUGUAAAACGGUCGUACCCAGCUCAUAUUCCUUCUGCACAUUUAUGGAUGUAUUGAUCUCAGUCCUGGAAAACUAAAAGGAUAUCAGUAUAAACGAAGCUCUGGAUUCUGUCUUGUUCAGUUGUACCAGUCAGUAGGUGAUGUCAGGAGAGUUUGUUUAUAAAAGGGAGGUAAAACCUCUCGGUUGUAGUUGACCU